CGUCCCCUCGGCAGUAGUUUCAGCUCUCCCCUUCCCUCUGACUCUGGGCGGCGGCCGCCGCUUGCACGUCCCCAACCCCAAUCCUUCCAACACAUGAGCAGCGGCGGCGGCAGGGUGGUCCGGCGGCGGCGUUGUGGCAGCUUCGCUGUAUUCCCCACUCCGUCAAGGAUUACAGCCCUACUCCGAUCCCAACAUCCCAACACCGUCGCUCAUAUAUACAUCCUGGCGAAUCCAACCCCUGUAUAGACGAAAGCCGGUGCUCAAAUUCUUGCUGGUAGAAAUUCAAACCCAAGAACAUGAGCUGCAGGGGAAACUCGCCGUCCGCCCUCUUGCCCCCGUUCCUCUACAAGCCCACGGCCUUCCGCCUCCUGCAGUCACAGCCAGAGCAGUCCUCUGCGGUCUUGGGCACCACCAGAGGACUGUUAUGUCAACACAGCAUGGUCCCUGGCCGUAGUCCGCCUGUGUUACCGCAGACGAUGCAGCUUCUUCGGCGCUACUACACGGCCCCAUGGCAUGGGGUGAUCCAGGGACGUUUGUUCCACAACAUCAUCAAGCACAUUAGUCGACCGACUGCAUUAUCGCAGGUGACAUUGCUUCCUCGGCGCUACUACACCACCUCAUGGCAUGGGCAGGUCUUGGCCUCACCUCAUCGACGCCUCUUCAGCCGCAUUUUGCCUCACAAUAGUCAAUCGCCUGCAUUAGCACAGGGGGCGCUGCUCCCUCGGUGUUUCUACAGUACCACGCGGCAAUUCAAGGACAUGGAAUCUAUUCGAAGAUUCCUUUUUCGUGGCAUUACGCCUGGCAUCUUUCUUCCUCGGCGGUAUUUCAGCGCUCCAUGGCAGCAACGGCAGACUUUGGGACCCAUCCGAGGACUCUUCUUAAGCCAUAUUAAUCGGCCUUGGCAGUACUGCAUGGCCCCAUCAAGAUCGGUGAUCCAUUUCGCUCGUAGCUACUUUGGGUGUUUAUGGAAGGUUACAGUUGCAGCAGCUUUCAUCAACAUCAUGUGGUCGUUUGUCUACCACACUUAUCUUGAUAUUGUCCCAUAUACCAGUCAGACCCGCUUCUUUCGUCUUGAGACUGUGCCCUACACUAACCGGACUCACUUUGUUAUUCGCUCUCCACUAGAUGACCGCGAGUAUGGUGAAUCGUGUUUUGCUUUUGUAAGGAAAAACCACUCAUCCAAGUUUCUUAGCUCGCUCCACCCUGACAGUGUCCGUGUCAAUCUUAUCACAUCACAACUUCUCGAUGCUGUUCAACGCAACCUUGACAUCAAGGGCCGUGAUGCGUCCUUGGUCCAUGGCUCCCCUUGCAAAGACACGAGCUUAGAUGUUAGGCAUGCAAUUCAGAGCAAGAAACAAGGCAAGCCAUGCAGAUCACAACCACAAAUAUCACACCUUGAUGGGCUCGACUGGGAGGUGAUUGUUGUUAAAAAUGAUGGGCAUGUCGGUGCAAUGUCAUGGCCCCAUGGCAAGAUUAUAGUCUUCACUGGAUUGCUCAACCACUUGGAGACGGAUGAUGAAAUUGCUACUCUUCUUGCGCAUGAGAUUGCACAUGUGGUUGCCAGACACCCAUCAGAGUCAAUCAUGUACAAGAAGUGGUUUCCUUUUCCCCUCAAGGUGCACUUCAUAAGAAGGACGGAGAUAGAGGCAGAUCACAUGGCAAUGCUGCUAAUGGCUGCUGCUGGUUUUGAUCCACACGCAGCCCCUAAGGCCGUUGAGAAGUUAAUAGGGAAUGACAUAUAUCAUCUUUCGGGGAAGAAAAGAGCGCAGCUUUUAUCUAGAGCAAAGAUAAUGGAUGAGGCGCUGGAGUUAUAUAAAGAAGCUAAGUCGUCCAAGGCAUCAGAGGUUAACUUUAAUUUGUAGGCCUGCAACAUCUAAAAAGGAAGAACGGUCUGCUAUGUGUGUUUUAUGCUGUUUUAGGCUCGGUCAUAUGACUGUGAGUAUGAAUAGUCCCUGAUUCCUGAAGGUUUUAGGUUGCUUCAUUGGCUAUUUAUAGAAAAAUCGAUCCAUUUAUGUAACUAGCAUUUAUUUGAGGGCAUCUUGAUCCUUCUCACUUUCCUAUGAGGAAACUACUGUACAUGAUUACUCCAGUUUUUACUCUGGUUCCGAAGCUUUGAUGGACAUGUGUCUGUUGGCUGC